GGCAAGCCAAUACAUAAAAUUUUACUGGAUUCUUGACAAAGAAACGGUAAUUGAACAAAUCAAACCAUCUAAUGAAGUUGAAAAACCACUUCCACCGCCAACCAAGCUGAAUAUCACCAGCUUUGACUGCAUUCCUCAUCUGAUGGUUGAUUCUGCUGCUGAAAUAGAUAUACUGGCAAUCGUUCUUCGUUGUGGUCCUCAAAAAAACGCCGGUCGCAGUCAUCAUAGGUGUCGAGAAAUUACCCUUUGUGACAAUCAGAAAAAUCAAUUUCUCUUCACUCUAUGGGAGGAUUUCGAAGAAAUAGAAGGACAUGAAAUUUCCUCAAAAAUGGCAACAGAGGCAGAUCUACUUGUAAUCCUCGGAAGGAGUAUAAGAAUCUCUACUUAUCAAGGGUUGUCAUUGCAGACUAGGUACAAUUCCACAGUACGUGUGAAUCCGAAUUACCCACAGGCAGUGGCACUCAUCAACUGGGCAAAAGAAAACAAAACAAUGUUGUUAAGUUGUCCAUCAGAGAAAACCUCAACAAGCUCAUCUAUCGCUCCCAUGAUAGUCACUCCUGCUGGCCAACAACUUAUCUCUAUUGCAGAAAUCUCAUCAGCACCUUCUAUGAGAGUGUUCUAUGUUGAAGCAGAGAUGGCCGUAUUAGAUGAGUUCCAAGACUUUUGUGUGCUUGAAUGCUUAGGAUGCAAACAGAAGAAGCGGACAAGGGAUAGAAAGGAUUUUGAAUGUCCAAAAUGCAAUCGGAAAACAUCAUUAGUGCCUCGCUGCAGCUUCCAAAUUGAUCUUAUUGACGAUACUGCUAUAACCACAGCAUCUAUCUCUGCUGAAUUAGGAGAAAAAUUACUGUCCAUGACAGCAGAAGACAUAUUUGACAUAACUUGCACUAAGCGACAAUCAUUGUCUCUUAAUCAUGUCCAUGAGAUGUUGUCAAACAAAGUAUUCGAAAUUCAGCUAAGGAAGUCAUCUUGGGGUAGCUCAAAUACCACGCAUGCAACUUUGUCCAUUCUUUCCUACAUGGAAAAACAACAUACUCCACAGAGCACUACUGAUAGGACUUCUAAAAAGAUAAAGCCUUUGGAAAUAAGUGAGGUAGAAGUGAUGGCAACAACUGCUGCAGCUGGUCCUUCAAAUGCACCGGCAAAAUUUGAACCACCCACACCAACCAAAAAGGUCUAAAAGGAACUCCCUCAGACCAUUUUGUCACUUUUGUUUAUGAUAGGGACAAUAUAAUGAAUGACUCUCCCUAUGCUCUGGUUUUUUGCAUGAGGAAGAUUAGCUAUGGAGAGGCAAACUGCAGCGUCCUCUAAAUAUGAUAAACAAUGACAUGCUAAUCUUAUAUACCAAAACUGCAACAUGUACUAUAUUAUUUUGGUUACAUUACAUUAGUUAGUAUGUGC